CUGAUUCCACCAAAAACAGGAAAGGGAAGUCACAUCCUAGGUAUGUUACACAGCUAACUCAUUUGUGCAUUUGUUUUAUUUAAUAGGAGAAAACUCCAGAGUUAAAACAUGUUCGCCGGAGACGACGAGGACGGGGACUUCUUGUCUCCAACAGGAGGAGCCAAGUUGGCUUCUUUGUUUGGACUAGACCAGGAGGCUAGUCAGGGAAACGAGUCGUUCCAGUACACAGCCCCCAAACAGCCCAGAAAAAGCUCCAAUCCAGCACCAACCAAUCAGAAACCAGCUCCACAACCUGGAGCCCCUGCUGUGUUGUUUGCCACAGCAGCACAAGCCUUCAGAUAUACUAAUGGACAAUACGUGAAGCAGGGGAAACUGGGAGCAGCGGUACUGGGUAGCCACACAACAAAAGAGUACAAGCUGCUUCUGUACUUGAGCCAACAGAAACAAGUGGCUGCUGCCAAGAUUCAUGUGGGCUUUAUUUUCACUGUACAGCCAAACAAUUACUGCACUUUUUAUGAUGAUCAGAGGCAGAACUGGUCCCUAAUGUUUGAAUCCGAUAAAACUGCAGUGGACUUCUGCAAAGAGAUAUGUUUGGCGAAAGCAAACAGUUCAUCCUCUUUAGAUACUGUGGUGGUUCAGGAUCUGAGUCUUGGCGAGGGCCAAGGAGUGGAAAAUGGAGACUCUCUGGAGGUGUUGUACACAGGCUGGCUCCUGCAGAACCACACCAUCGGACAGAUGUUUGACUCGAACCAGAACAAAGACAAGUUGCUGCGACUGAAAAUUGGAGCUGGGAAAGUGAUCAAAGGUUGGGAGGACGGGAUGUUGGGUAUGAAGAAGGAAGGCUCUCGCUUCAUUGUCAUCCCACCCAAUCUUGCUUACGGAACCAAGGGAGUCCCGAAUCGUGUUCCAUCUAACAGCACACUUAUCUUUGAAGCAGAGCUUCGAAGGGUGAAGUUUUCCAAAGACAGUGGCUCUGAUCGGGCCAGUGCCAACUCAGGAGACUCUGCUGCUCCCUCUCCUGCUCCAUCUGCAGCUACCAGUGUGCAAACUCCAGUCCCAGAGCCUCCGGUUCAGGCAACUGCCUCAGGUCCAGGCAGACCAGGGGAACCACCACUGCGUGCAAAGUCGAGCUCUCUAAGUGAACAGCUGGCUAAUCCAGAUGCCACUAAAGCCAAGCUAAUUUCCCGCAUGGCCAAGAUGGGUCAACCCAUGUUGCCUUUUAUGACAGAAGUGGCCAGCCAGCCCGAAUCUAGUGACUCUGAGCUCGAGGACACCAGUGGCAGCAGAGCCAAGGAUCCGACUGUAGCCUCAUCUCCAGUGCAAAUCACCUCUGCUGCUCCAACUUCUGCAUAUGUACACCCUCAUCCCCACACUGGUUCGAUGUCUGCCUUACUUCCAGUUAUGACCACUGUUGGUUCACAGCCUGGCCUUCCAGGCAGCAGCCAUGCCUUUCAGCCUUACUCCUACACACAGACCUCUGCGACUCCAUCUCAGCUACAGCCUGUUGGCCAGGUCUAUCCUGCACAAACUGUCCCCUACAUGGGCUCUGGGGAUGUGACUUCCUUUUUGAUGACUGAGGCCCGACAGCACAACACAGAGAUCCGGUUGUCUGUUGGAAAAGUAGCAGAUAAAGUGGAUCAGUUGUCCUCAAAGAUUGAUGACCUUCAAAGGCAGGGAAGUCUUUGUAUGGGUGUGUCUAGUAUGUCGAUGGAAACCUCAAUGAUCAUGCACAAUAUCCAAAGAAUUGUCCAGGAAAAUGAAUGUUUGAAAAAGGAAGUCUUUGAGAAAAGCUCUCGUAUUGAGGAGCAAAACCAUAAAAUUGGGGAUCUCAUCAACCAGAACCAAAGGUACAUAGAGCAGAGUCACCUGCUGCUGGAGCAGAGAAAUGACUCCCUCAAGUCAUCCAGUGACCAGAACCAGGCACGACUCCUGCAGGCUGAGCAGGACAAGGUUCGUCUGACAGAGGACCUGGCUUCAUCGGCAGCACGGGUGUCUCAACUGCAGCUGGAAGCUUCAGCUCACCAGCAGAAGACCAUGGAGCUACAGAAUAAACUGGGCUUGGCUCUGCAGGACAAUGAGCGUCACUGCCAACAUAUUGCUGCCCUGGAAACACAACUGGAAGAGCUGAAAGAAGUAGCAGAGAGGGUCCAGGCUCAGUAUCGCUCAGAGAAACAAAGACGCAAAGAGAUGGAGCUGAAAGUCAACACCAUGGAGGAAGAGCUGCAGGAUCUGAAGACUGAUAAAGAGAGCCUGGAACGAGCACUUUCAGAAAGGAAGGCGAAAUGGCAGGCAGAGCGUCAGCGUCGGGAUGAGGAGGUGGAGGAGCUCCGCAAGAGCAGCCAGCAGGAGCUAGACAACCUCCGAGCUCAACUUCGCAAGGCCAGGAGCAGCAGUGACAGCGCUGUAUCUGAACAGUUGUCUCAGCUUCAGGUGGAGCUAGACGAGGAGUGGAAAAGGAAGUGUGAUCAUAUGUUGGCUUCAGCUAAAGAGCAGCACAGAGGAGAGCUGGCUGAACUUACAGAGCAAAGAGAUGACCUACAGGACAAGCUAGCUCAAUUACAGGAGAAGCUUACAGUUCUCAAGCAGUCACGAGAUUCAGAAGAACAGAGUGUCCUACAACAUUGCAGGGAGAGUGAAGAGCUGCAAGCCCUUCAGGAAAAGUAUGCAGCCUUGGAGCAGCAGGGAGUAGCUGUCAGAGCGAAGCUGGAAAGCAGGGUGGCUGAACUGGAGGGGCAAGUGGAGCAGCAGGCGAGUUCAGGAGACACUGCAGCAGAGGUGAAGCGUGUGAUGAACGGAGUGUUUCACUCUCUGCGAGGGGAGUUUGACCCCAGUGAAUCUUACAGUGGCCAGGCUGUGGUAGGGGUAAUUGUCUCUACCAUUAAGAAUGUAACUUUGCAGCUACUCAGUGGCACAGACAGAUCUUUACUGAGACCAAAAAAGGAAGAGGAAAAGGAAGCAGAAGAAAGUGAAGAUGUGAAAAAAAAGGAGGAAAAACCUCAUCAGAAUGUGCAUGUGAAUGGAAAGAGAGAUGUGAAACAGGAAGAAAAUGAGGAAGAGGAAAAUGUGGCUGACUCAGGUUCUCUCCAUGCCUGUGAGAUUCAGGGGGGUCAGGAUGCAGCCACAGAAACAGAGACUGAGACAGAAGCUUCAUCAACAACACAAAGCCAGGCAGAGACUUCAGAAGCCACUAAUCUUCAUUCAGGUCCAACCACUGUACUGCAAGAGACAGCAGCAGCAGAGUCAGAUGUACAGCAGGACCAGGAGCAACCCUCUGCUCCUGAAACCUGUGAAGAAGGAAAUGGGUCUGCAGAUCUAGAUGAUGGACCUGAAAAGAGUUUACCACCUGAGGAUGGGCAGGAAACUCUGCCUGACUCAAAAGCUGCAGUGAGCAGUGAGGUGGACACAGAGAGAGCAGGGGAUAGAGAGCCUGUAGAAGUAAUAAAUGACGCUCCUCAGGAAGCCUUUGGACCCCCGGCCAACCCACCUCCACCACCUAAUACCCUUCAGAAGAGUUCAGGAGAGGACGUAAGUCUGACUGGGGGAAUUGGUGAGGAAAAUGGAGAGGAGCCAUUUUUCCAGAGCAUAACACCUGCCAAACCCCCAGCAGCACCCAGUGAGGAGGAAGAGGAGGAUGAGAUGAGCUUGAAGGGGUGUCCACCGCCUGCCCCACUGUUUGGUGAUGAAGAGGAUGAUGAUGAUCUGGACUGGCUGAAUUAACAUGGAACCAAAACAAUAGUGUGCGUCUUUCAACACUGAACACAGGCGUGCUUUACCAGCUGUUGGCUGAUAAAGUGGACGGAGCUAAUGGAUCAGCUUUGCCUGAUGGAGUAGUGAAGAUGCUGAGAGAAGCCUCUGCUGAUGGACUUGACUGAGCAGAGAGGCCAGACAGCUUGGCUCUAGCCCUGUGUCCGCUUGCUGACCGGCAGCUGCUGCCACAGCAUCCUAAACAACAAACACUUGGCUCUCAGGCUGUGGUUUUGGUUGAAAUAACAAGCCUGUAAUUCACAGACAAAUCAAAGUAAAUAAUUUUUGUUAAUGAUGUGCCUGUGAUCUGUUGAUGAUAGAGUUGAUUCGAAGAUUUUUACAUGUAACUCUGGCAGAUUUAGUUUGUUCAUUCAGCAGGAAUAAGGUUGUCGAUUUUAAUGAUUAGCUUGCAGCUUUAAGAAUAGAACUUUUACACAAUUUUGCUAACUUGAAAUUCAUUCCAUAAAAUAAAUGAAAUGGAGAAUGUGGCCUUUA